AUGAGGAAUUUGGAUGAAGAUUAUGAUUCGUACGACGAUGAUGAUGAUGAUGAUGAUGAUUUGGAUGAUGAUGAUGAGGAUUUGUAUGACGAUGAUGACGAUUAUGAUGAUGAUCGUUAUGAAGAUUUUGAUGAUGCUGUUGAUGAUUAUGAUGAUGAUGACGAUAAUGAUGAUGAUUUGAAUGAUGAUGAUUUGAAUGAUGAUGAUGAUGAUGAUGAUGAUGAUGAUGAUGAUGAUGAUGAUGAUGAUGAUGAUGAUGAUGAUGAUGAUGAUGAUGAUGCAAUUCACGAUGAUGACCUGCAUUAUGAUGUUGAUAAUGACGUUGUUGAUGACGAUGAUGAUGAAUAUGAUGAUGACGAUACUGUUGUUGAUGAUAACUACGAUGAACAUAAUCAUGAAUAG